UAAGAUAGACACAAAAUGAUGGAGUAACUCAGCGGGACAGGCAGCAUCUCUGAGAGAAGGAAUGGGUGACGUUUCGGAUUGAGACACUUCUUCAGAGUAAUUUGAUAUUAAUUAUCAACUAAUUAGACUAGCACAGGCUGAUGGCUGGAAAGAGAUGUUUCCCAAGUUGUUUUUUUUAAAAGUCAUUUUCAUCUUUACACAAUGUUUUUUUUUUUUCUCAGCCUUUAUUUUAGAAAUGGGAGUUGUAGUGUGGCAGUCUGACAAAAUCCCUUGAACACAAUAUCCAGUCCUAUUCCUGGAUCUGACAUCCUGGCACCUAGUCAUGUGACCAUUACUCUUUCCUGUUGGUGACAUCACUGCUUUUCUCAGCUGUUCCCUGGAAAGGAUGGCAGCAGAGGCUGUCAGUCUGCAGUAGAUUGUGCAAGAGAACAGGAUUGGGUAUGGCAACAGGAGACGAGAUGAAUGGCUCAGGGAAUUUAAUGGACUUCUUGGAUGAAUCAAUCCCAGAGGUUGGCAUGUAUGAGGACUUUCAUACCAUUGAUUGGUUGAGAGAAAAGUCCCGUGACACCGACAGACAUAGAAAGAUCACAAGCAAAAGUAAAGAGUCGAUAUGGGAAUGUAUCAAAGGCCUGUUGGACGCGUGGUCAGGAUGGGUGGUGAUGUUGCUCAUUGGACUUCUGGCAGGGACACUGGCUGGAGUGAUUGAUCUGGCUGUCGACUGGAUGACGGACCUGAAGGAAGGGGUGUGCUUGGCCGGAUUUUGGUUCAGUCACGAGCAGUGCUGCUGGACUUCCAACGAGACAACCUUUGAGGACAGAGAUAAAUGUCCUCAGUGGAAGACGUGGUCAGAGCUUUUGGCCAACCGAUCAGAUGGUGCCAGCGCAUACAUUCUGAACUACUUCUUGUACGUUCUGUGGGCCUUGACCUUUGCUUUCCUGGGAGUGUCGCUGGUCAAGGUGUUUGCCCCCUAUGCUUGUGGCUCUGGAAUUCCUGAGAUUAAAACUAUCCUCAGUGGCUUCAUUAUCAGAGGCUACCUGGGCAAGUGGACUUUACUGAUUAAAACCGUAACCUUAGUGUUGGCCGUCUCCUCUGGCCUCAGCCUUGGGAAGGAAGGACCACUGGUGCACGUGGCUUGUUGUUGUGGCAACCUCUUCUGCUGCUUGUUUUCAAAGUACAGUAAGAAUGAAGGAAAGAGGAGAGAAGUGCUGUCGGCCGCAGCUGCCGCGGGAGUCUCGGUUGCCUUUGGCGCACCCAUUGGCGGUGUGCUUUUCAGCUUGGAAGAGGUCAGUUACUACUUCCCACUGAAGACUCUCUGGAGGUCGUUCUUCGCUGCGCUGGUGGCCGCUUUCACUCUCCGCUCAAUCAACCCGUUUGGGAACAGUCGGCUGGUGCUGUUCUACGUGGAGUACCACACGCCGUGGUACAUGGCGGAGCUGGUGCCCUUCAUCCUCCUGGGGGUUUUUGGCGGUCUGUGGGGGACGCUCUUCAUCCGAGGGAACAUCGCCUGGUGCAGGAAGCGCAAGAGCACGAACCUGGGCCGGUACCCAGUGCUGGAGGUGAUCGCCGUGACCGCCAUCACCGCCAUCUUUGCUUUUCCCAACCAGUACACGCGGCGCAGCACCAGCGAGCUCAUCUCUGAGCUGUUCAACGACUGCGGGGCGCUUGAAUCUUCGCAGCUCUGCGACUAUAUCAAUGACCCCAACAUGACCCGGCCCGUGGACGAUAUACCUGACCGUCCAGCCGGCCCUGGGGUCUACGCCGCGAUAUGGCAGCUGGCUCUCGCCCUUGUGUUCAAAAUCGUCAUCACCAUAUUCACGUUUGGAAUGAAGAUGCCAUCGGGACUGUUUAUACCAAGUAUGGCUGUUGGGGCAAUAGCUGGUAGAAUGGUUGGCAUUGGUGUGGAGCAAAUGGCCUAUCACCACCAUGACUGGUUCAUCUUCAAGAGCUGGUGUAGGCCUGGAGCCGACUGCGUCACACCUGGGCUCUACGCAAUGGUCGGCGCGGCAGCCUGUCUUGGUGGAGUGACUCGGAUGACAGUGUCUCUGGUGGUGAUCAUGUUCGAGCUGACUGGAGGCUUGGAGUACAUUGUACCGCUAAUGGCCGCAGCAGUGACCAGCAAGUGGGUGGCAGAUGCCUUUGGGAAAGUGGGUAUCUACGAGGCGCACAUACACCUGAACGGCUACCCCUUCCUGGAUUCAAAGGACGAGUUCAGGCACAGGACACUGGCGACGGACGUCAUGAGGCCGAGACGCACCGAGCCUCCGCUCUCGGUUCUGACCCAAGGCAGCAUGACGGUGGAGGAUGUGGAGACUCUCAUUAAGGACACAGACUACAAUGGCUUCCCAGUUGUCGUCAGCAGGGAAACGGAGCGGCUCAUUGGCUUUGUCCAACGGAGAGAUCUCAUCCUUGCGAUAAAAAAUGCAAGAAAAAUACAAGAUGGUGUGGUCAGCAACUCCAUUGUGUACUUCAUGGAAGAACCUCCCUCGUUGCCAGGCAACAGCCCUUCCCCCCUCAAACUGCGGAGAAUCCUCAACCUCAGCCCGUUCACGGUAACGGACCACACGCCCAUGGAGACGGUGGUGGACAUCUUCCGCAAGCUUGGCCUGCGACAGUGUCUGGUCACUCGUAGUGGACGCCUCCUGGGCAUCUUAACGAAAAAGGAUGUAUUAAGGCACAUGGCCCAGAUGGCAAAUCAGGACCCUGAGUCAAUCAUGUUCAACUGACCCCACCCCACCCUCCCCCUUGUUGUGCCAGCCUUGCCAAGUUCUUGUUUUAGGAGGGAAUGGACAGUGGUGUGGCUGAACUCUCAGGGCAUGGUGACCUUUAAGUGAAUUGAAUACUGAACAUUGAGUCAAGAACAGCAAGCCUGCUCAUGAGAUGGACAUGUAGCCGUGCACAGGUCAGCCAAGGGGACUGGCCUACAGUGAGGACCAGUCCUGUAUCUCUUUCAGAAGAGGAGGAGAAGCUGGAAUCGCAGCUCGUUUGAAAAGCCUGGCUGGGUGUUAAAUUGCAUCUUAUAUUAUCCUCUGAACUGCCAGCUUUGUCCAAAAGGUUUGUUCAGCUGGGGUAAAAUUAUAAGCACGUUACAUUUCAAUAUUGGUGACUGAUGUACCUCAUGAUAUUCCCUUGGCAAGUGCAUUUGAAUUAAUGGCAAAUAAAAUAAGAAAUCAGUGCUGAAAA